AUGAGCUCAAACCAAGACCGGACGCGGAGGGCGAGGCAACGAGAAGCCGAAAAUAGGGUUGCGGUGCUGAUGUCUAGUAUCGAUCAGGUGAAGUAUAUGAAGGUAGACGUUGAAACGGUGGCGCAGCUGAGUUUGAUUCUGGCAGUUUUUUUGGGAGUUACGUGCAUCACUACAGGCGCCGAAAAGGCCAGCUGGAUUACGCUUUUGUUGAUGGUCAUCUAUCACAACCAUCGUCCUCUUGAUAUGCCCUCCUCUCUCGUGGUCAUUGGACCCCUCUGCGUCAUUUUCUCGUCACUAAACUGGAAUGUGUUUAAGCGAUGA